AUGGCACAACCCCGUGGAGAACGACCAUUCUCAUUUCACAGCCUCCUCAAGAUGCUCAUCGCGCCAAACGCCUCCAUGAGGGCGGCUCACGACGAGGCCGACCUGGCCGAGGACUUGGAUGAACCCCCUGAUCAACAGCAUAUUAUGCACGCGACUUCUUUACACCACCACGACGAGACCGUCUUUGCACGACCCGCCAUCGCCCACCACAAAGAACCCGAAUCCCUGCUCACCCGCGCCCUCAAGAGCAGCCCGGAGAUGUCCCCCACCGAACGUCACCCCGCUCUUCACGACUCUACCUACUCCUACCGUUCCUACCCUCACAGCAACAUCAGUGGCCUCUCCCCCGCAGAGCUGACCAGCGAUGGCGGCCUGACUAGCCCGUCUCUAUCCAAUACCCCGAGCCCACCUUUGCCACCACAGAUGAUGGGCAAGGCGGCUCAGAUGAACGGCAAGAAGGACACUACCCCCAAGGUGAAAAUCGCCGCCACCAACGAGACCACCGUCGAGGCCAACCUGGGACGUAAGCGGUGCAUCAGCUUUGCCUGCGGCCGUCAGACCGAGGCCACCACUUCUCAAAAACCAUCCGUGCCGCCUACCUCUCGACCCGGACCACCUAACGAUACACUCGAACCCCCCAAGCGCAAAACCGCUCUCACCUUUGCCUGCCCCGGACGCGUGUCCGCCAUCGCACGAGAGCGCUCGCCAGGCCGCAAGUGCGCUUUCCGAAGCCGCUCUCGUGGCUCUCCGGCUCCCGUUGCUCGCAAGCCCUCCCAGGACCGCGUAAUUGGCAUUCAGAUUGAGAAGAAGCCCGCGAAUGGUGUCCCUCAAGGAGUUCCGACUAGCGGACUGGGCAAGUUUGAGGAAUCCGAGGCUACUCGCUUCCACGAGUUUGCCAGUUCUAUGGAUGAGGAUGAUGAGUGGGUGACCAAAUCGACCGAUUACGCCCAGAAGAUCACCUUGAAUGAUUGCAUGAAGAAGGAGAUUGCAAUUCGACGACUGGGUGAAGAGGCCGAGAAGGAAGCCCAGGAUGAAGAAGAUGAAGAGGACAACGAAGAUGACGAUGCUGAGGAUCUCGCCGACGAUGACUCCACUGUCCACCUCUCCGACGAUGAGGGCAACGAGUCCGACAACGAGGCUGGCUUUGCGGAGUCUGACGAGAGCGAUGACGAUGGUUCAGACUACGAAUUUUGGGCCCCAUCGGCUAUUGUGCCUGAAAUCAGUACUCAGCCCCUCGACGCCUUCGCGCCAACCAUGGAGCGCCGUGCUUCCAACACUUCCUUCGACUCGAUGACUGAUGACCACCCGAAAUGGUUGCCAGCUCCCGUUCGAAAGAUUAACAGGCGUCGCCCUUCCAAGGGGUGCAAGAUCAUGCGCCCUGGUACUCCCAACCUUCCGGAUAGCACGGACUUUGUCUGCGGCACACUCGAUGAGGAUCGUCCGAUGGAGGCUGCGUACAAGUCCUGCAUGGAACAACGGCGCCUGUCGAAGCACAUUCUCAUCCCGCAAGACAUUGACCCUAGCUUCCCGACUAGCGACCCGGAGGAUGACGAUGACGAUUUGGAGGAUAUCUCCCACGGUGAUUUUGACGACUUCGUCUUCGAGCCAGCUCGAGGCCGUACUGAGGAUCCUAUUCGCAAGCCCUCGCCUCGUCACUCCCCCAAGCGCAUGGUGUCUCCCCCACCCCGUCGGGCUGGUCGGAUUUCGCCCAAGCGUCUGAAGUCCCCUCCUCCCCGGUCUCGAGCCUGCCGGGCCAAGUCGCCCUCGCCUUCUAAGCGCUCGGCUUUCCCGGAGGACCUGCCUGCCGUUGAGUCUUCGUCGCCCCAGGGCCUGAACAUCAGCCAUCUGGUUCAGCGCCCGCAUCUGACCCGUACCAAGUCGCUGCCGCGCACUCCCAACCCUUUCUUCACAAGCUUGGACAAGUCGCACCGCUGGCACGGUAUCCCACCUCUGACGGAGUCGCCGGAGCGUGAGCACUCUCGCACCCGCGAGAUGCAUACCCGUGGACCCAUUGACAUCGUUGAGGGUCUUGAAAAGAAGCGCCAGAAACGCAAAGAGAAGUUCUGGCGUCAACAUUGCCGCAAAGCUGCCAAAGAGCAGAUGGUUCGGCGGCCGAUUCCCGGCAAGGGAGCUGAACGGAUGAAGGAGCUUGGCCUCGAAGUUGCUGAGAGGUGCAGGGCUUACGGUGUCGCUCAAGACACCCAGCUCGUCCUAUCCGUUUAG